AUGAAGGAUUGCACUGUAGUGAAUGGUGAAGAAAUGUGGCAAUUCUUUGCACUGGCGCUGAUUAUCAAGCUGGAUACCAAGGACGACUGGUCCACAAGUUCGAUGUUUUCUACCCGAUUUUUUGGUCAGGUCAUGUCAAGGAAUAGCUGUUUCAACAUUUCCGAAAAGCUGUCAGGCUGGGAUCUUUCUCGCGGUGGACGAAUCCUUACUUUCCUUCAAAGGGAGAUUAUUAUUCAAGCAAUAUCUCAAAUUGGAAUGAAGCUGUAUCUCCUCUGCGAUUCGGCCGGCAGAUUCGUGCUCAAAGUUCUCCCGUACCAAGAAAGAACGACAAGAACUAAAAAUUCAAACUGGAUUCAAGAACUCGGAUUUGGUGGCGCCACAGUGAUGACCCUUCUUCAUGCUAUACGAUUGAAGCAACUUGGUACUUACAUUCUUGGAACCGUGCAGAAGUGGAGAAAACUGAUGCGAAAAUUAACGGACAAAGGGACAAGUUGCGACUUAUUCUUCCUCCGACAUUUUAGUGGAACGGGUUGUGUGUGCAAAUUUACCAAUAAAAACAAUACACUAAAAUGGAGUUGGUCUGAUCGUAGAGAAAUGGUGUUGAACACCUUCAUGGGACACCGAAUGGAAGAAGUCGCAACCACAAACCCAAACAAUAACCGAGAGAAACCUGCAACUGACCUCGUCUACAAUGUGACAAUGGGAGCUGUGGAUAACAUCGACAGAGUGACAAAGCCAUUCACAUCUGUCCGCAAAUCUUGCAAGUGGUACAAAAAAUAUUAUUCUACUUCUUGGACAUUUACAAUUCGCACAUCAUUCACUCUUCUUUCCGCCCAACGAAGUUAUAAGGACUUUGUACGAGUACUUGUCCGGGAAAUAUUGGAAAAAUAUUCACCACAACAUAGAUCAUUGGGGAGGAAGUCGAACAGCCAGUUAGAACGGCAAAUCGGCACCCACUUUCCAGAAAAGAUUGUGGUGGAUAAUGUCUCGGUCUUCCGGGAUUGCCAGCUAUGCUGCUUGGAAGGAAAAAUGUGUACCACAGCUUUCAGAUGCGAAACGUGUCUGAAGUCUCUCUGCAUAAGGAGCAAAGACUCGUGUUUCAAGAGAUUUCAUACGCUUUCGAAAUUACCCGUCAAAAGAAAGCGAUCUAACGCCAAUGCAUCUUCGGGAUCGACGAGUCAAAGCAUUGUGGAUGUGGACCAAUCAGUACCUCGGCCUGACUCUGAAAUAGGAUUAGGAUUCGGUGAAGCGAAUGAAGUGAGAUUUCAAGAAGCGAAUGUUGAAUCAAAUGUUGAAGGAAUGGAGGAGGAGGAGGAAGAACUGUUUUCUAUUUAA